AUGGGUGAAGAGUGCAAGGAAGCCGCCGGCGGCGCCGGCGCUGGCCGUGCCGCCGUGGAGGGCCCCGUCGACCCGGCCGACUCGGCGAAGCUGUACGAGGACGUGCCCCCGAUGCCGCUGAUGGCGCUCAACCACAUAUCCCGCCUGUGCAAGUCCGUCGACGACUCCGUCCGGUUCUACGUCAAGGCCCUCGGCUUCGUCCUCAUCCACCGCCCGCCGGCUCUCGACUUCUCCGGCGCAUGGCUGUUCAACUACGGGGUGGGCAUCCACCUCGUCCAGCGCGACGACGCGCGGAGGGCCCCCGACGUGAGCCCCGCCGGCGAGCUGGACCCCAUGGACAACCACAUCUCGUUCCAGUGCGAGGACAUGGGGAUGAUGGAGCGGCGGCUGCGGGAGAUGCGGAUCAGGUACAUGAAGCGGACCAUCAACGAGGAGGAGGGCUCCCCCAUCGACCAGCUCUUCUUCAAGGACCCCGACGGGUUCAUGAUCGAGAUCUGCAACUGCGAGAACCUCGAGCUCGUCCCCGCCGGCGCCCUCGGACGCCUCAGGCUCCCGCGCGACCGCCACAACCCGCCCGUCCGGAUGGUCGACGGCGGCGGCGGCGAGUAG